UUAUUGAAGCUGAUUGGAGCUUGUGUUUUGGAAAAUUCUCGUUUGUGCAGAAGCACGUGGAUCUUCAAAAUAAUAGAUAUAUAUAUACACCCAUGAUGUAAAUUCAGCAUUAUAAAGUACGUAUAGUGAUUUAAAAAGUUCUGUGAUACGGUGCGAGUUGGAACGAAUUUCGAAAAGAAAUUAUGAAAAAUUACGCAAAGAAAUGUUAAUUAUUCUUUUGAAGUAAACAGCUAAAGGAAAAGAAAAAAGAGAAAAGAGGUUAUAGACGAGUUAUACAAAAGAAAGCGAAUUUUAAUUAAAUAUACGAAGUGAUAUAAAAAUUAUAUGAACAUUCUUGAUACAAAUUGGUUUGGAUUUUUAUAACGAAAACUAAAAUUCAUUAUUUUUAUAAUUAAUAUAAAUUUCUUUUUCUACUGUACUGAUGAAUGGUUACGAAUACAAGAUGAACUUGCCACUAGUAUACUUCGAUAUGUCUACGGAUGAUAAACCACUGGGACGAAUUAUAAUGCAAUUACGGACUGACGUUGUGCCAAAGACAUCAGAAAAUUUUCGUGCCUUAUGUACAGGAGAGAAAGGUUAUGGUUAUAAAGGAAGCUAUUUCCAUCGUAUAAUUCCAAAUUUCAUGUGUCAAGGAGGUGAUUUUACGAAUCACAAUGGUACAGGUGGAAAAUCCAUCUUUGGAGAAAAGUUUGAAGAUGAGAAUUUUGAACUCAAACAUACUUCCUCAGGUACAUUAUCAAUGGCAAAUUCUGGCCCAAAUACAAAUGGCUCGCAAUUUUUUAUUACUACUGUAAAAACUCCUUGGUUGGACAAUAAACAUGUUGUGUUUGGGAGUAUUCUUGAUGGAAUGGAUGUUGUAAGAAAAAUUGAAAGUUAUGGUUCAUCAAGUGGGAAGACAUAUCAAAAGAUUAUGAUAGCAGAUUGUGGUCAAUUCUCAUAAGCAUUAAAUAAAUAAUCAAUAAAAUAAAAACAUAUUUAAAUGCACCAAGUAGUUUUAGUUUUGUUCAUAAUUUUGAAACUUGCAGUUUUCUACCGUUUAUAAUAAGAAAAGUUGAAUUCUGCUUAAAUAUGUGAAGAUA